GGGUGGUGAUCCAUACGUCAGUGGCACAUUGCAGUGGCGAGUUCGUUCUCGUCGUACCUCGUUGUUUUCACGGUGAACACAGCAGCAGCUACCGUUUUAUUAGUGCGAAACUAGUUUCCUAAAUUUGCAUUUUCUCCUUGUGUACGGUGAACCAUUCGGUUUCGUUUCGAUCUGGGAUACAGGAACGCCUAGCUUUACUAUACACACUCGGGACGCGCUGUGCAGAAAAUUCCACACAUCGCGGGAAGAGACAGGGUAAAUCGAUUUUUCACCCACCCGUGUGCACUGUAUAUCAAUAUAAGGGACUCAAAGGAGGAACAAACACUCCCACCGUACAUUUUUGCUAUACACAAUAUUGCCUAGCCUACAUUAUAUAUAACAACAGCGCAAUCUGCAAAGCUGCCAUUACCAGCUGGUGGGUGGGCUUAGAGGGAAAAAUUUAAUUCAUCAUCGGUGCAGUUAAAUUUUCCCCCGAGGGCAGAAUAGAAUAUAGCUCUGAAAAGUUUAGAUUUUCAUCUUUGCCUUUAGUUGCAUACGGUUAUUUGUCGGAGGUAGAGCUCUCGCAUUGUUUCGAGCGGGAGUGCAAUUAGAAAAAGGCUUCAAAAUAGGUCAGCUCAACAGUAUUCGCUUCAACGAAGACGGAACGGCCAGGAUGCACGAGGGUGAGAUAGUGAUAAAGAAGGUACAGGGGCAUGUCCCGAAAUCUGGUGCCCCGCGGGAGAAGAAAUCUGAUUCGACGAUUACCUAUCGUUUAACGCGGGACGACAUCUCCGGAGGGCCGGUCAACUUGGACGAAAUCGAACCGGGCCUUUGGCUAGGAAAUGUGACGGCAGCAGCUGAUUUGCCCACGCUGGAGAAGCUUGCCAUCCGCAGCGUGCUGACGAUCGAUUCCUGUCCGCUGCCGGCGCACGUCACCGAGAAUCCUAGCCUAAGGGUAAAAUAUAUUCAAGCUUCCGAUGUGCCAAGAGAGGAUUUAAUCAAACACUUUGAUGAUACCAACAACUUUAUCAGGGAGAGCUUGGAGGAGGAGAGGAACGUACUUGUGCACUGCUAUUUUGGUGUGAGUCGCAGUGCCACUAUCGUGAUUGCAUUCAUCAUGAACAAGUACAAGCUGACCUACGAUGCGGCUCUGCAACGGGUCAAGUCAAAGCGACGUUUUGUGAUGCCCAAUCCGGGUUUCAUCAAUCAGCUGAAGCUGUUCAGCAUCAUGAGCUAUCGGAUCGAUCCGCAGAAUGAAAAAUACAAGUUGUUUCGAUUGAAGCUGGCGGCGGACAAUGUGCGGAAAGCGAAACGCCUUCCGGUGAACUGCAUGGAUGUGGUCAAACCGGAUCCGGCCAUCACGCAGGAAAUGCCCGACCCGAUCGUCUAUCGGUGUCGCAAAUGUCGCCGAGUGGUCGCUACCAAGAGCAACCUGCUGAUGCACAAGCUGAAACCUCCGGGUCAGUCACCUGCCAAGCACAAUUCGCUGAGCGACGUGGCAGGAUUCCACGACGACGAAUCCGACAGCGAACAUAAGGAGGAGGAAGUGGGAGAAACGGCUUGCGGUGGAAGUGUGGUGCCACCCGCUUCGUCGGUGGACGAUCCGGAAUUGAAGGGUAAGGAGCCGUCGCUGUCCUACGUUACGGAACAGAUGCGACGUAGUUCGAUCAGCAGUGAUCAAAGCAAUCGAUCGUCGGAGAAGGACGGAAUUUGUAGCAGAAUCUACUUUACCGAACCGCUUGCCUGGAUGACGGACAUCUUCCACAAUACGCAGGGACGAUUGUACUGUCCCAAGUGUACGGUCAAGUUGGGCAGCUUCAACUGGGUGAUGGCCACCAAAUGUCCUUGUGGUGCGGAGAUCUACCCAGCAUUCUACUUGGUGCCGUCGAAGACGGAGUACUCUACCGUGGUGCAGAACGUCCAGGUGACGGUGUAAUUUGGACGUAAGUAGCACUCGCCAGCGCGGGAAGGUAGAUUUGCAAAUUUCUGUUGUGUGUGCGUAAAUCAAAAGCAGAAUGCAAACCGAAUCAAAUUAAUUCUUCCUGUUGCUGCGCUGAUAAGCUUGGGUCACAUUGACUGGUACAUAACUCUGAUUAAGGCAACGGGAGAAUUACUUCUAGCACAAAGAUGCAUUUACUGCGCUACUUAUACUUAUACAAUAGCUACUCAUACAACUUUAACAAGUAUAUAAUACCGAACAGUAAUGCAACCGGAACCAAGCUGAACUUAUUUGACUAUCGAACUCAUGUUAUACAAGCGCUCCCAUCACCCAUCCCACAGGAUUUUCCGUUCCAACCCUUGGUACAAAAUUGUGCUACAAGGUCUUUUUGGUUAGUUACCACAGCUGCUAACAAUAGCGACAAUUUUAACGUAAAACUUUAGUUCAGUGUGGCGAAUUUAUCUGCGAGCCAUUCACAAAAUCGCAACAUUUAAGAUGCAAUAC